AGCCUCCUCGUCUUGAGAUGGAUCGAGAGCUGGCCUUGUCACGAACUUAACUGCCCGGCCCACAAAGCUAAUUCCGAUGGCCGAUGUCGUGGCUAGCCCCGUCGUCUCGGCCUCCGUCUCGCUCCUCGUCGUCGUCUUGGGGAGGUCUGGGCUGGGGUUGUCUCUCCAGAUGGUGGCAUGCUCACCGUCUCCAACUGCCUGUCUGUAUGUAUGCACAUACAUGGUGCUCAUACAUGGUGCUGCUACAGCGUACGCAUAUACCCAACCCUCUGCUGCGGUAGCAUGACAGGUAGAUAUGCAGGUCUGCUCUUGAUGUACUGCCAUUACUGGCUGGCCUGCUACGGCAACUGUCCCAGUACCAGAGAGUACAUGUCGAUUCGUUACAGCUGCAUUAGUGGCCGCCCAGAGAGGAGCAUCUCGGAUAGCCUCUCCUGGGUCUCCUCACUCUCUCCUCAUUACACUACUUUGCUCCUCCUGCGCUGCGACCAGCCACAUCCUGCCCUUUGCGACUCCGGACACGCCCAGCUCGAGAGCUUACUGGGUGGCCGCCAAGAUCAGAGCCUGUCUGAGAUCCUCCCAUACUUCCUUCGAAUUGCGGAUUGGCCGUGGACAAUCCCCAUUUUUGUUGCCACCUCACUCUGCCUAACUCUGCAUGCACACUGGCUCUUUUUUUAUCCAGCUUGCUCCAUGGCCUCCCCCUUAACCGGACAAUAUGGAACGGGCCAGAAUAGCAAAACGCAACUUGAGCCGGCGAUCUUCGCCAAGCCGAUGCAUCUCCAUUGUCGCGAGUGGAGCUCCCCUCGUCUCAGCAGAUUAUCACUGGCAACCACACACGCCAACACAUCAAGAUGGGUCACACUUUGAGAGCCGCAUCUCGAGCCUGCAUCUGGCGAACCUAUUUUUUCCUCAACCCUUUCCGUCGUCCUUUUCCCAUCCGCCGGUAUAUCGAUUCCCCAUCCCUGCCCCGCACUAACUGCCCAUUUCCUGCAAUAAAUCACCCAUGUCUCGCCGUUGCUGGCUUGGUUUUUUUGCUACCUGAGCCUUGAAUACGUAGAUAUCUGCCUUAACCUCUCCCACCGCCCACCACACACGGACACGCACACACACACACACACCCUCCUUGUGUGUAAGACAAUCUCAUCGCC